GUCCCCAAACCGUGCACAGCACGGAGUUACUAUAGAGAGGGAUAUAAUUUUCAGUCUGACAAAAGCCACAGAACCGUCGAUAUGUCCGAAGCUGACACAGACAGUGAAGACAGCGACGCCGAAGGUGGACUCGGUAACGUGAACCGUCUGAUAAUCCGCCCUCCGGGCCACAGUGGAAAAGCUAAACGCGGUCAUCUCUGUUUCGACGCAUCUUUUGAGACGGGAAAUUUGGGUCGGGUUGACCUCGUGUCCGAUUUCGAGUACGAUUUAUUCAUAAGGCCCGACACGUGCAGUCCGAGAUUGCGCUUGUGGUUCAAUUUCACCGUUGACAACGUCCGUAGCGAUCAACGGGUCAUAUUCAACGUGGUCAACAUAUCGAAGAACAAGAAUUUAUUCAGCCAAGGAAUGACACCGCUCGUCAAAAGUUCCAGCAGACCGAAGUGGCAGAGAAUACCGAAGCGUCAAGUGUUUUACUACAAAUCGGUGCAGCACCAGAACCACCAUAUAUUGAGCAUCGCCUUUGCUUUCGAUCGGGAGGACGACGUUUAUCAGUUCGUACUGACCUAUCCGUACUCGUACACGAGGUACCUCAAUCACUUGGACAACCUUUGCACAAAGUGCGCCAACGCUUCGGUUGUGAAAAGAGAAACCCUGACGUUAUCGAUCCAAAAAAGAAAGGUCGAAUUGAUAUCAAUCGCGACCGCUAGCGAGAAUCAUAGAAAAGUAGUGGCCAUAAUGGCGAGGUCACAUCCAGGAGAAUCGCCCGCCUCGUUCGUCUGUCAGGGGCUCAUGGACUUCCUCGUCAGUAAUCAUCCGAUCGCUAGGGUCCUCAGAGAUUACGUUGUCUUUAAAAUUAUCCCUAUGCUGAAUCCCGAUGGUGUUUUCCUCGGAAAUUACAGAUCCUCCGUAAUGGGUAUGGACUUGAACAGAUCCUGGAACAGGAUAUCCGAUUGGACACAUCCGAGUUUAUCCGCAGUUCGCGGGGUACUCGAAAGUUUAGAUAAAAAUCCCACGGCGCCGUUGGAUUGCGUUUUGGAUUUACACGCGCACACGAACGCGACCGGUGUAUUCGUUUACGGAAACACAUACGACGAUGUAUACAGGUACGAACGCCACACCGUCCUACCAAAACUGCUCGCCCAACACGCCGAGGGCUACGAAAAUUCGAACACGAUGUACAACCAAGACCCCCAUAAAUCCGGAACGGCUAGACGGUAUCUGUGCUCAAUUCUGAGCGAACGUGUCAAUUGUUACACCAUUCAAGUCUCCAUGUACGGAUACUGCAGGAAAGGGAGUCCUGGAAUUUUACCCUACACGGAAGAAGGAUAUUACAGAGUGGGACGUAACCUCGGACGCGCUUUUUUAGAGUACUACAAACUCACCGGACUCAUUCCCUCGGGACUACCCGACCAGCCGUCAAAUAAACGUGGACGACAGUCCAGACAGAGACAUCGGGUUCCCAGGGGACCUCGACCAAGAACCGCUCGCACGACGGCGCCAUUACACCUCGCCAGCAUUCACGAGUACCUGCGGGAGGAGGUGGCCGAGGCUUUGUCCCGUACGCGUUACAGAUCGAUGAGCGGUACCAGGAUGAAUGCUGGGCCAGGAGGAACGGCAACGGGAACAACCGGCCUGCCUAGUUUCGCGCGUUUCCGUAGCCCGGGGGCUCCGAUUGCUGCCGCUUCAACAAUUACACCAGCUGAACCAGCUCGUUUGACUAUUGUAGAUUUCAAUCAACUAACUAGGGGCGGGUUGGAAGUAGCGAUGGGGAAAAACAAGUGUAAAAUUCAAAACCGUUCGCCGCAAAGAUACACCAAACCGCCGAGGAGACGGUAGCGGACGUAUUACGUGAAAUUUUUCAACCAAUAUCGUAUCGCACCCCUUUUUAUUCAAAAAUGAAAAAUCUCUCGCACUAUUUCAUUGUUAUAGAAUCACAGAAAUAUUCUUAUACGAUAAUCAGUUUCAACUGGAUUGAAAUGAGUCGAGUGGUUAGAGAAUUAUAAAUUAUAUAGAGUGAUGAAAAUUCCAUCACGUGUAAAUAAAAAUGUUGGUUACAAUAUUAGGGUUUAUUAAAAAUCUGCAACGAUCUGAGCUACGCGUUUACCGAAUACUCAUUUUUAAUAUUUUUUCUCUACACGAAGACCUACGAAAUGGAACUAGAGAUUCCGAGCUUGAUGGUUCUAAGGGAUGAUUUUCUGUACGUAGCAUAUAUUACAUGUAGUUAAGAUUGUAUUUUCGAAUUUCGGAGUCACAUAAAACUGUACACAUACAUCUAAUAAACUAUUAGAAAACUGCGGACGAAGGUCAAGACUGAGGAAUAAAGGAGCAUCGUGAUAUAGUCAAUUGAAGUAGGGGGCUGCGUAUUAUUCGAUCGAUGGCGUCUCGUUAUAUGGCGGGGUGUAAAAAUUCCACCAGACAAUUUUUAUCAACUCAUAUCUCCUCGAUUUUCGCGAAAAGACUUCGCUUCGCAUAUCCUGCGAAUAAAAUCCAUUGAAUAAAGGAGAAAACCUGCACUCUUCGCGAUAUACGUUCUGAAAAAAGCGCUGUACGCACUUUGAAACACUGAAAAAUGUCAGCCACCCGCUUUACAGCUAAUACGAGAUAAAUUAAAUUAAAAACAAAUUAAGCUAUCUCUAUAAAUCGAGACUCGUUUCGGACUGAAAUUUCACUACAUUCUCUCUUUACUUCUGGUGUGGUUCAUUCGCAUCCUUAUUGUUUUCUUUUAUGAGCGGCGUGCACAAUGAACAAUCGGGUAUCACGAGUUCGUUCAAAAUUGUCCCUCAAUCUUGACCAUUUUUUUUUUAAUUUUUCAACUCAAACGAAUAUAGAUGAUAAUAAAUAAAUGUGAAAACAGAAAAUAAAAAAUUGAAACAUGAAAAAAAUCUUAUAUCAAGGUAAAGAUGAAAUUGAA